GCUUUGGUUCCAGAGGGGGACCAGGAGGAGGGUUCAGGCCCUUCGUGCCACAUAUCCCAUUCGAUUUCUAUUUGUGUGAAAUGGCCUUCCCUCGAGUCAAGGCAGCACCUGAUGAAACUUCCUUCAGUGAAGCCUUGCUGAAGAGGAAUCAGGACCUUGCUCCCAAUUCUGCUGAACAGGCCUCAAUCCUUUCUCUGGUGACAAAAAUAAACAAUGUGAUCGACAAUUUGAUUGUGGCUCCAGGGACAUUUGAAGUGCAAAUUGAAGAAGUCCGACAGGUAGGAUCAUAUAAAAAGGGAACAAUGACUACAGGACACAACGUAGCUGACCUGGUGGUAAUACUAAAGAUUCUGCCAACAUUGGAAGCUGUUGCUGCCCUGGGGAACAAAGUCGUGGAAAGUUUAAGAGCACAGGAUCCAUCUGAAGUUUUGACCAUGCUGACCAAUGAAACUGGUUUUGAAAUCAGUUCUUCUGAUGCGACAGUGAAGAUUCUCAUUACGACAGUGCCACCCAAUCUCCGAAAACUGGACCCGGAACUCCACUUGGAUAUCAAGGUGUUGCAGAGUACUUUAGCAGCCAUCCGACAUACCCGCUGGUUUGAGGAAAAUGCUUCUCAGUCCACAGUUAAAGUUCUCAUCAGACUGCUGAAGGACUUAAGGAUUCGUUUUCCUGGCUUUGAGCCCCUCACACCCUGGAUCCUUGACCUACUUGGGCACUAUGCGGUGAUGAAUAACCCCACCAGACAGCCUUUGGCCCUAAAUGUGGCAUACAGGCGUUGCUUGCAGAUUCUGGCUGCAGGACUGUUUCUUCCAGGAUCAGUGGGUAUCACUGACCCCUGUGAAAAUGGCAACUUCAGAGUACAUACGGUCAUGACCCUGGAACAGCAGGAUAUGGUCUGCUACACAGCUCAGACUCUGGUUCGAAUCCUCUCACACGGUGGCUUUAGGAAGAUCCUUGGCCAGGAGGGUGAUGCCAGCUAUCUUGCUUCUGAAAUAUCUACCUGGGAUGGAGUGAUAGUGACACCUUCAGAAAAGGCUUACGAGAAGCCACCUGAGAAGAAGGAAGGAGAGGAAGAGGAGGAGAAUACAGAAGAACCACCUCAAGGAGAGGAAGAGGAAAGCAUGGAAACUCAAGAGUGAUCUUCCUUC